AUGGCUGCCUACCCCCCACAGGCACCAACAUCAGCUCCCAAAGGAUCCGCACCAAUGCUAGGAGGACCCGUUCUGCCCGCCAUUGCAGAGCUUCACAGACGGAAUGAGUCUGCGCCGCUUCCCCAAUUCCGCCAACUCUACUCAGGACCCCAUGGACCCACACCCGCCCACGGCGGCCCAGCACCUACUAAUGUUUCUCCUCCAUCAACACUGAAGCGCCAAGCAUCCCAAACACCACUCCCCGACGAGAGCCCCGCUAAGAAACAAUCCAAAUGGACUCCUGAAGAAGACAACCUAACAAUAGAACUGCGGGGCCAAGGCAUGAAGUGGGAUGACAUUGCAAAACGACUUCCCGGAAGGAGUUCCAUCUCAUGCCGUCUGCGAUACCAAAACUACCUAGAGAAGCGAGCCAUCUGGGACGAGGAGAAGAAGAACAAGCUAGCACGACUUUACGCCCGAUUCAAGGACCAAAUGUGGCAGAAGGUUGCUACCGAGAUGGGUAUUCCCUGGCGUUCAGCCGAAUCCAUGCACUGGCAGUUGGGGGAGCAGGAGAUGAGUGCGCGCGCCAACGCGCCAGUGUUUCAGCUCCACCCAUCUGCAACGGGAACAGGCAUGAGCUCGCCAUCGCAGGUGCCUGUCAUACCCGCGUCUGCACCCCAUGGCUUUACUCCCGCAAACGCAGCUCAGUUGAUGCCAAACCCACCACCGAUGCCACCGCAGCUUCACCAAGCACCUCCGGCGCCCAUGGCUCAAGGCCCGAUACACGGCUACCACCACCGCACAGACAGUGGCUCCAGCGCCGGUGGCAGCGGUGGAGGCGGUGUCGUCGGCGUCGGACGUAGGCGGAACAGCUCCUUCAGCCGGCGACGGGCAGACGCUCGUUCACGCUCGAGCGUGCCACCACAACUCGGCCAACCCCUCCCACAGAUCCAACCGCGGUCCGAAGAAGAUUUAGUCAGCGGAGCGCGAACCGCACCCGUCCCGGACAUGGCGGGGUCACUGAAACGAGAGGGCGAGAGCCUCAGCUACAUGGAACAUUACCAACGGCGGCGCCAGCAAGAAGAAGAAACUGCUUCCUCGGCCCCAGCAGCAGCUACCUCUGCACCACCCCCAAGAUCAGAUCCCUCGGACAUGCAACAACAGCAGCAACAACAACAACCCUACACGAUGCGCAGCCCAGAUCGAAUGUCCCAACACAGCAAUACAGGCAGCAUCCACAGCCUCAAACGCGACCCCGAAGACAGCACCUCGGACCGCCGCUCUCUCGCCUCCCCCUACGAGCGCCCCACCUCGACCGUGCCAUGA